AUGCUAGAGUACGCGUCGUACCGGUUGGCAUCAAGAGAGGUAUUUAGCUUGCCGUAUAGGUAUGAAAAGCUGACUUUACAGUGGGUGGUUGACAUGUAUGUGCGAAUAGAGGGCACCCGCUUACAGUACAUACGAGACAACCAAAGCAGUCUAAGAGCGGAUCUUUAUUUAAAGCGGGGAGGUGUAGAAAGAUCGAACACCAGUAUUGGUAAACAAGUUAUUUUGCCAUCAUCCUUUAUUGGGUCUCCACGCAACAUGCAUCAGAACUUUCUCGACGCAAUGGCCAUUGUACAGAAAUUUGGCAAACCUUCCUUAUUUAUUACCAUGACAUGCAACCCUAGGUGGGAAGAAAUACAGAAUAAUCUUUCUCCGGGCGAACAGGCCAACUUCCGCCCGGACAUUGUCGUUCGAGUGUUCCACUGUAAACUCGUAGAGUUAAUGGAUUGUAUUCUCAAAAAAAUUUUUGGAAAGGCAGCUGCGCUUAUUUACACAAUUGAGUUCCAAAAGCGUGGUUUACCUCAUUGUCACAUCCUUUUAACUCUCGAUGAUGAGGACAAAAUCAGAAAUACUGUUGACAUUGAUCACGUGGUCUCUGCCGAAAUCCCAGAUGAAGUAUUAAAUCCUGAACUACACAACCUGGUGAAAACACACAUGAUCCAUGCGGUGCUCUAA